CGUAGCAACUGUCACUGUCAUCUCGCGUGUUCUGUCAGUUGUCGGCAAAAGUAGGCGUUUUUGCCCUCGAAUAGUGUUUGUGUGGACAGAUUAAAGGGCAACUAAGGACCAUCCGCUAUGACGGACUCCAAGUAUUUCACAACUACCAAAAAAGGUGAAAUAUUCGAACUAAAAUCAGAACUCAACAAUGAUAAAAAGGAGAAGAAGAAAGAAGCCGUCAAAAAGGUGAUCGCCUCGAUGACAGUCGGCAAAGACGUCUCAGCUCUAUUCCCCGACGUCGUCAACUGCAUGCAAACCGACAACCUCGAGCUGAAAAAACUCGUGUACUUGUACCUGAUGAACUACGCCAAGUCGCAGCCCGACAUGGCCAUCAUGGCCGUCAACACCUUCGUCAAGGACUGCGAGGACCCGAACCCGCUCAUCAGGGCGCUGGCCGUGCGGACGAUGGGCUGCAUCCGGGUGGACAAGAUCACCGAGUACUUGUGCGAGCCGCUGAGGAAGUGCCUGAAGGACGAGGACCCGUACGUGCGCAAGACAGCGGCGGUGUGUGUGGCCAAGUUGUAUGAUAUUUCGUCGGGGUUGGUGGAGGAUCAGGGGUUUCUGGAGCAGUUGAAGGAUUUGUUGAGCGACUCGAAUCCGAUGGUUGUGGCGAAUGCGGUGGCGGCGUUGUCGGAGAUCAACGAGAGUAGUCCUACAGGGCAGCCUUUAGUGGAACUCAACCACGCCACCAUCAACAAACUCCUCACCGCCCUCAACGAGUGCACCGAAUGGGGCCAGGUCUUCAUCCUCGACUCCCUCUCCAACUACAACCCCAAGGACGAGCGCGAGGCCCAGAGCAUCUGCGAGCGCAUCACCCCCCGCCUCGCCCACGCCAACGCCGCCGUCGUCCUCUCGGCCGUCAAAGUCCUCAUGAAGAUGAUGGAGAUCCUCGCCGGCGACACCGAGUUCUGCGGCACCCUCAGCAAGAAACUCGCCCCGCCCCUCGUCACCCUCCUCUCCUCCGAGCCCGAGGUCCAGUACGUGGCCCUGCGCAACAUCAACCUCAUCGUCCAGAAGAAGCCCGACAUCCUCAAGCACGAAAUGAAGGUGUUCUUCGUCAAGUACAACGACCCGAUCUACGUCAAACUCGAGAAGCUGGACAUCAUGAUCCGGCUGGCGUCGCAGGCCAACAUCGCGCAGGUCCUCAGCGAGCUGAAGGAGUACGCGACGGAGGUGGACGUGGACUUCGUGCGCAAGGCGGUGCGGGCCAUCGGGCGGUGCGCCAUCAAGGUGGAGCCGUCGGCGGAGAGGUGCGUCUCGACGCUCCUGGAUUUGAUCCAGACGAAAGUGAACUACGUGGUGCAGGAGGCGAUCGUGGUGAUCAAGGACAUAUUCAGGAAGUAUCCGAAUAAGUAUGAGAGUAUUAUUAGUACGCUGUGCGAGAAUUUGGAUACUUUGGAUGAACCGGAGGCGAGGGCGAGCAUGGUGUGGAUUAUAGGUGAAUAUGCUGAGCGCAUUGAUAACGCCGACGAGCUUCUGGAUAGCUUCCUCGAGGGCUUCGCCGACGAGAAUGCCCAAGUCCAGUUGCAGUUGCUGACCGCGGUCGUGAAGCUCUUCCUCAAGCGUCCGGCGCACACCCAGGCCUUGGUUCAGCACGUGUUGAGUUUGGCUACCCAGGACUCCGACAACCCCGAUUUGCGCGACCGCGGGUUUAUUUACUGGCGUCUGUUGAGUACUGACCCCGCAGCCGCCAAGGAGGUGGUGCUCGCCGACAAGCCUCUCAUUUCCGAGGAGACCGACCUCCUGGAGCCUACGCUCCUCGACGAGCUGAUCUGCCACAUCUCGUCUUUGGCUAGCGUCUACCAUAAACCGCCUACCGCCUUCGUGGAGGGUAGGAGUGCCGGGAUUAGGAAGACGUUGCCGGCGAGGCAGGGCUCAGUCGAGGAGACCAACGCCCAGGAGGCUACGGUGAUCCCCAAUCAGGAGUCCCUGAUCGGGGAUUUGUUGUCGAUGGACAUUGGGAGCACGGUGACGCAGGCUGCGCCUGCGGCGCCGCCAACCAGCAAUGUGGAUCUACUCGGAGGCGGACUAGAUGUUCUGUUGGGUGGGGCGUCGGAUUUGUCCAGUGGGGGCGUGGCUCCGUCCACCACCGGCCUUCUAGGAGACAUAUUCGGGUUGUCGUCGUCGCCCACAAUGUACACGCCCCCGAAAACCUGUUGGCUACCAGCUGAGAAGGGGAAAGGGUUAGAGAUCAUGGGGACAUUCGCGAGGAGGAACGGACAAAUGACAAUGGACUUAAGCUUUACGAAUAAAGCUAUGCAGGCUAUGAGCGGCUUCGCCAUCCAGUUCAACAAGAACAGCUUCGGGAUUGCCCCCGCCGCUCCGCUCAACCUCGGGGCUCUCCAGCCAGGCCAGACGCUCGAGUACAACCUCCCCCUGAGUACUAACGGCCCUGUCCAGCGUAUGGAGCCCCUGACGACUUUACAAGUGGCCGUGAAGAACAACGUAGACGUGUUCUACUACGCUUGCCAGAUGCACAUUCAAGUGUUGUUUGUCGAAGACGGCACUCUAGAUAAACGCGUCUUCUUGACUACCUGGCGCGAUAUACCCUCGGCUAACGAGGUGCAAUAUACGCUUAGCGACCUCAAGGGUAACGCUGAUGCCAUUUCGGCGAAAAUGACACACAACAACAUCUUCACGAUAGCCAAACGAAACGUUGAGGGGCAAGAUAUGUUGUACCAGUCGCUCAAAUUGACGAACAACAUUUGGGUCCUGUUGGAGUUGAAGCUGCAGCCAGGAGUAAACCACGCGACUUUGAGCCUAAAGUCAAGGUCGGUGGAGGUGGCUCCCUACGUUUUCCAAGCGUACGACGCAGUAGUUAAGAACGUUUAGACGAGUAGAUAGAGCAUUCCAUGUUUUGUGUUAUUUUAUUAUAGGAGUUAUGUAUGGAAAUUAUUAAAAUGAGCUAAUGUAUUAGUAAAAUUUAUUAAUAAAGAUGAUACAACUUAA